AUGUUUGCCAACAUUCUCUCCUGGUUCUCCAAGGAGGCCACUCCCAACCCUACAUCGGAUGCUACAACUAGCAUCGAAGGCCACCAACCCGCCAGCCCAGAGGCCCCCUCCACCGACCGCAUAGUGACCGAGCAGCCUAACUCCGAAGAGAACAUGCUAAAGCUGCGUGGUGGCGGCGCCAGCGACAUCUGCUGUGGCCUUUGCGCCGGUCUUCUCUGCUUCGAGUGCUGUGAGCAUUGCUGCUAG